AUUGAAUAAAUUCACUAUUUAAAUGAAAAUUAAUUUAUAUUAAAAGUAAUUUAAUUGAAUUAUUUUUUGGUGCGUGUGUGUUUUUGGAUAUUUAUUGAAAUAACAUCAUAAAAGCAAUUGAAUAUACUGCAAUUAAUUAGUUAGAGGUGUUUGUUUGCUUGUUUGAAUUCGUUUUUCAGGAGGAUACUGUUUUGAACAGUUUGUUUCAGUGAAGUCGAGUGGAGUGAACAUUUUUAGUGUUAAAUUGAAAGUUGAAUUUGUUUUACAAAACUACUCGAAGAGGCACAGCAGAGAAAAUUUUGUUGAAGUUUCGUUGUUAGUUUUUUAACUUUUGAAACUAUCUUUUUACAGCCGUCUAACAAUUUGCUCGUGACAAAAGCAAUUUUUAUCAGAAAUAGUAACAACAAUAACAUUGACAACAACAACAGUAACAUUAACAGCAACUUAAACAACGAUAUUCGUAACAUUAGAAACACAACAACGACGACAGCAACAUGCCUCUCUCAUUCAACUUCGACAAGAAGGAAGUCGAUAAGUAUCUACGAGAAGAGAGUGAUGAGGCCGACGAGUAUGACGACGAUGGGGAUGAUGACGUCAGCAAGCUGGUUGACAUUCCGCAAACGCCAAAGUUGGUGUUGAGAGAUGACGAGGAAAAAGAACAUUUGACCCCUGACCUCGAGGAGAACGUCUGUCGACAAACAGGCCACGUCAUGGAUUCCUUCUUUGCCACCAUGAACAGCAAGAACCGACUGCACGAUGCCGACUUCACAGAUGCUCCUCUCAGGCACCCAGUAUCCUACAGCUUCAAGCACAGCUUCAUCUACAGUAGCUGCAGCUUCAGCUUCAUCAUCGUCGACACCCUGUUCAACUCGAAGAUGUCGCCGGAAGUCCUCGUCAAAUUUGAAGACGAAAGCCCAGGGUUUGAGAAACAAAUAGAGAAGCAAACACAUAACAGUAGAGAAAGCACAUGUGAAAGCGCGGGCAUGCCUGGCGCGGGCUUGCCCGACGCAACUGUUCAAAAAAAGUUGGCAAAAAUUUAA